AUGAAAUUCACAAAUCCAGUCAUCCCAGGGUUCGCCCCAGAUCCCUCCAUCGUCAAAGUCAGAGACAGCUUCUUCAUUGUCAAUUCUUCCUUCCAUGUCUUUCCCGGUCUACCGAUCUACGUGUCCAAAAACCUCCAAGAUUGGGAAUUGAAAGCCCAUGCGAUCUGUCGUCCAUCACAACUAGAUCUCUCCCAGGCUUUCACGAAAUUGAUUCCACUUCCAGGCGGACGAGCGAUCCACAUAACUGGUGGUCUCUUCGCCGCCACAAUCCGGUAUCACAAGGGCAUCUUCUAUGUGAUUUGCACAAACGCCUAUGAAGACCCCCAUGACCACACUCAUAAAUUCCAAAACUUUUAUGUCAGCUGUCCCGAGGAAGGGAUCUUCUCAACUACCGGCUGGUCUGAUCCGAUUUACUUCGACUUCCCGGGCAUUGAUCCGAGUUUAUUCAUUGACCCGGACACGAACAGGGCGUACGUGCACGGUUCGUACCGUGCUGGCCCACCCUGGGCCCCUGACUGCUCUAUCCGACAGUUUGAGAUUGAGCUCGCUACGGGAAAGCCCCUAACAGAUAUCAAGUUCCUCUGGAAGGGGGCUUCGACAGAUGCUGAAGGGCCCCACAUGUACAAGAAAGAUGACUGGUAUUACCUAGUUACUGCUGAAGGGUCUACCUUUGAGGGCCAUGAGAUCGAUAUUUCUCGAUCGCGAAAUAUCUGGGGGCCAUACGAUGGCUAUCCUCAUAAUCCUCUGCUGACGGCGAAAGGGCGGGAUACGGAUAUUAAAUGGACUGGCCAUGGAGAUUUUAUUCAAGAUGAGGCUGCAAACUGGUUCUGUGUCCAUCUGGGAAUCCGGUACAAUAGUUCUAACCCAAACCGACAUCCGCUCGGCCGUGAGACUUUCCUUACGCCUAUGCAAUGGGAAAAAGGAGAGUGGCCAAAGAUCACACAGACCCGGAUGCAAUUUGAAGUUGACGUCCCUGGGCAGUUUGCCCAGAAUCUGAUUCCUGUCGACAACCGCAGUGAAAAUCGCAACGAGGAUCUUUAUAUUCGCACACCUGACCUUGGGAGGUAUAUGUACGAUGCUGAAAAUCAUACGUACUCAUUACAAGCUUCGCCUUCCGCUCUGUCCACUUCUCUCGGAACGACAACCUUUGUGGGAUUAAGGCAACGACAACUAGUCAGCCAAGCGUCAACAACACUAUCACUGGCUCAGUUCGAUCAUAUUAACAGUGAAAUCAAUGCUGGCCUUGCAGUAUAUAAGGAUGACCUUCGUUUCGCUUUAAUGGCCUUUAGAAGCAAGUCGCGGGAGUUACUUGUUGAGGUCAAGUCUGUUCUGGACAUGAAAGUGGAAAAACGUGUAUUGGGAACUAAGAAUGUCCCUCGGCAUGUCAAUGCAAUCCAUUUGAGGGUCACAGCUGAUCCAGAUGGGUAUUCAUUUGAGUCAAAGCUAGGAAAAUCGUGGGAAAAAAUGGGAAGAAUAGAUAGUUCGGAGAUGUCGGGGUAUGAUAUGACCGGAACGAUCUUUGGUAUCUGUACUACUAGUACCCAGGAGAGUGGAAAGUAUGAUGCAAGUGGCGAAUGGGUGGCAUUUGAGGCGUUUACUGUCGCUUAG